AUGAAUGAAGGAAAUGUGACUAAAAAAAUGAAGAAUAAUGAAUGUAAUCGAUGUAAUAGCAAAAGGCAAAAUAAAAUAGCGCAAGAAGUUUGCAUGCAUGCUUUUCCAUCUAAUUCCUCAGCAAAUUCACGAUCAACACUAAUCAUUGCAUCAGUUUUAUGGACAAUAAUCAUCGUUUUAUUCCAAUUCAUCCAUGAUUUGUUAAUUGUGAUGAUGAAUUACUUUUGGAAUACUGACAAUACAGGUGCAAAGAUGAAAGAAACAAAAGGAAAUGAAAUUGUAAGGAAGAAGCAUGAAACUAUCACAUACUAUAAACAACGACCUAAUACAUCCAAAAUGGUAAAUAAUUUUGCAAAUGUUGAUCGUUAUUUUGGUAUGGAUGAUGUAUCAACCUAUGGUAUUGACUUCUCACCGGUAGAUUCUGGUAUUGGUUCACGACCAAUUUCACGUGCAAACACAAAUGAAACAUUAUCAGAAUGUAUCGAAGAAUCUGGAAUAAUCCAUGAAUCAUUUCGACACCGUACAAGGAAAUGGUACAAUAAAAGUGAUUAUGAUCAAAUAACGCGAAGAAGUGAUAGCUGUCGUGCAUCACGUGAGUUAACACGAAUACGUCAAGGUUCUUUUGCCCCAUCCGACUUGCCAUUAAAUCAGUCAUUACGUCAGGAAUUAUCCAUUACACGUCACGUUACUCGAGUCCGAGACGCACACAGCAAACGGGCUAAAUCAGCUGUUGCAGCUGUUCGAAUUAGAAAAUCCAAAUCUGAAAUGGAAUAA